AUGAAAACUUCUCGCUAUUCCAAUACCCGUCAAAAAUCCUGCCAGCAGUGUUCCGAUGCUAAGGCUCGCUGCGAUCGCGAACGUGCCCGGUGUGCGCGCUGCGUCCAGCGCGGCCUCGCCUGUGCCUACCCCCAAGUGACAUCCCAGUCAUCCGACUUGAGCUCUGGCGCAUCGAUCCCGAGUCCCCCUUCGGACUUUUCAGCCGAUACAAGCGCGGGACAAGCCAAAGCGUCCCAACCCGUCGAAGAUGAGGCCGACACGCACCGCAGCCUUGACUUUACGAGCCUCCGCCUCGUUUGCCCGAUCGACGCCGAAAGGAUCCGGAACCGAUGGCUGAACCCAUAUCUCGAGCAGCCGGACCAGGUCGUGAAAGCGUACCCGCCCAUGAUCACCCGCUUCAUCUCGCGCAUGCUUGGAUCGUACGCCGCCGUGGCAGCUCACGGCCGUUCCGCGCCGCCCUUCAUCCACCCGGCGCAGAUGCACGCGCCCGGCGCACCGCUCGCGACCUGCCUGAGCCUCGUGCGCGUCAGCGACGAUCCGCUGCUCCCUGGGAGCGUUGGAAACGCCGCGCUCAUCCUCCAGCGCGAGAUGGACGCCAUCGCAGCGCAGGGCCAGGACGAGGGCGGCGGCUUCGACGACGCGGCGACUGCGCUCGACGCCUUCCAGGCUUACCUGAUAUAUGUUCUGGUCUUGUUCUUCCGCCUGAACCAGGGGUCCCGCCCCUUCUUCCGCAAUGCGAUGACAACGCUGCAAGGCUUGGCUUGCGUUGCGGCCCAAACGGGCCUCGUCUGCGCCACCGAUGCCGCGCAUGCGCGACCGCGAUGGGAAGAAUGGAUUGUCGCCGAGGCGAAGCGGCGAUCGCUAUACGUAAUGUACCUUCUCGAUAGCGUCCUCUCCGGACAGGAGAACUUACCCACGUAUCUUGGCACGGAGCUGCGCGGCUUGCCUGCGCCUUCCAGCAAGACGCUCUGGCAGGCGCCUACGCGCGCUGCGUGGGAGCAGGAGUAUAACAUCUUUCUGGCCGAGUGGUCGGAGCCGCACCUGACCAUAGACGAACUCUGGCCGACGCCGCUGGAAAUGGACCACGUAAGCGCGGCGCGACGGCGAUCGCGAGUUGACCGGUGGCUGCAAGCUUUGGACGAGUUUGGCACCAUGCUGUUCGCCGUUACUGAUUGUACACACGGUGCAUAA